AAAUUUACAGAGCUGUUUAUUUGGGGAUUUAUUUACCGCUACAUGCUCAAACACAUACUGGUAUAUGAAUCAAUUCUGCAUAAAAAUGUUGGUUCACGCGAAAACUCAAUUCGACAGUUUGUUUAACUAGGUAGAACACAAUAGAACCACCUUCUAGACUUCGAAGCGCGAUAACUUCUGUUUUGCCUUACCCUGCUUGUUUGUUGUGUCAUGGCUGUGUCAGUUGUUGGUUUCGAUAUUGGCUCUUUGACUUCCUACAUUGGUGUCGCUAGAGGUGGCGGAGUCGAAGUGAUUACAAACGAGUAUAGUGAGAGGGCUACACCAACAUGUGUUGCUUUUUCCGGGGAAUUAGUCCUUGUGGGAACAGCUGCCAAGUUACAACAAGUUAUGAAUAUCCAGAAUACUUUUACAAGCUUUACUCGGCUGCUCGGAAAGUGUCUGUCAGACUCCUCAGUUGUGAACGAAAGAAAGUUCAUAACCCAUCAAGUUGAAUCAACUCGUGAUGGUCGCAUCACACUUUCGGUAAGUCUUUUCAUUUAGCGGUUUCAGUUUGUCGAGGCUUUUCUGAAAGGCCAAAAAACUCCUUUUGCCCCUGAGCAAAUUUUGGCAAUUCAAAUGAAUAAACUUAAGGAAAUUGCAGAGACUACUAUUGGUUCUAAAGUGGUCGAUGUUGUUGUCAAUGUUCCUACUUACUACACAGAUGCCGAACGAAGAUCUGUAUUAGAUGCCACAAAAGUGGCAGGAUUAAACUGUGUGAAGCUAGUGAAUGAUAUAACCGCGAGUAAGUUCUGCUUGGAUUCCUAAUCUCGUAAGUUGGUACCGCGUACGGGUUUUACCACACCGACUUACCACCAGCUGAUCAACAGCCGAAAAUAGUGGCAUUUGUCAGUGUUGGUUAUAGUACUACGCAAGUUGGUAUUUGCAGUUUCAACACAGGCAAGAUGAAAGUCCUUGCAACUACGUGUGAUGCUUUUCUUGGUGGUCGGGAUUUUGACGAAAGGCUUUUCAACAAAUUCGCUAGUGAAUUUCAGCAACAGUACAAACUAAAGGUAAGUUUGUGUUAGGUUGUUUCACUUUUGCAGGGUUCACUAUCAUCAAAAGCGACUAUAAGGUUGCUUCAGGAAUGUGAAAAGCUCAAGAAGUCAAUGAGUGCUAAUUCCUCAGAGUUACCAAUCAACGUCGAGUCCCUAGCAGAAGACCGAGAUUUAGCGAAUAAGAUGAAGCGGACUGAUUUCGAAGAAUUGUGCUCGGAUCUCUUGCAGCGAUUUCAAAUGUUGUUUACAAAAUGUCUUGAUGUGGCUAAGUUGAAGACGGAAGAUGUACACUCAGUGGAACUUAUUGGUGGUAGUUCACGUAUACCCAUGAUAAAGAACGUUGUCGCAUCUGUCUUCAAACAAGAAGGCAAGACUAGCUUAAAUGCCGAUGAAGCUGUCGCUCGUGGAUGUGCAUUCCAGGCAGCUAUCUGCUCCCCAGCUUUCAAGGUAAAAGACUUCACUGUCAUUGAACAAUGUCUGUAUCCUAUUAUAAUACAAUUUGAUCAAGAGGAAGGUAGCGAACAAUGCAUGCAAACUGAAGAAAUUGAUGGUACAUUAACGACACAAGGCAAAAAUAUGUGCAUCGAAGUUUUUCCUUUUCUCCAUCCUAUUCCUUCUUCACGUCAGAUUGUCCUUUUACGACAUGGUGUUUUUACUUUGGAAGCUCGGUACGCGAAUAAAGAUAGCUUACCAAACCAAAAUAUUGUCAUUGGGACUUUCAGAAUAGGAGACGCUUCUCAAGUAUUCACAGAGCCUCGUAAAAUCAAGCUUAAAAUGCGUAUGAAUACCCAUGGUAUUUUCAAUAUUUCACAAGCACAAUUAAUCGAAGAGUAUGAAAAGGAAGUUGAAGUUAGUGUUUCUGAGGACAAUCCUGUAGUUGAUGGACCUCCAAACUCCGAACAGGAAGUAACCACAGCUAGCAAUGGAGAUACUGAGAGUCAGAAUCCCCCGGUGGAUUCCAACCAAACAAACAUGCAAGAUUCUACUUCACCAAAAAAGAAGACAGUAAUGAAAAAGAAAAAAUUCACGAAGUAUCAUGAUUUGAGCAUUGAAGUUAGUAAUAUGCAGUUCACUACAAAACAACUCAAUGAGUUUUGUGAAAUUGGGGUAUGUUACACGUUUUCUCGCGUCUAAUUUUGUCGCAUAUGUAUCACUAGGUCUCCCUGGGUAAAACUAGAGAGUUCUAAGUUACAAAGAUCCUUGUAAAUUAUAGGUCUUUGGUUCUUGUAUUCGUCUUUUCACAACUUGUUAAAUAAUUUUUAAAGUCUAUUUCAUAUCUUGCACGGCGUACUUGGUAAAAGAAUGCGAAUCGGUAACCAAAUCGACAUAUUCACAGGGCUUUGACUCACUUUUUGUUAUAAGAGCUCACAACUAACCGAAAGCAUAAAUUAAAUAUUUCAAAUGCGCAGUUUAUGUGUAUAAACUAUGAUAAUCACUUCGUUUUAUUUAUUUAUUAAACAUAUAAACAUUCGUACAAGGAGGCGCCAAGUAGAUAUGCGCCACAUAAAUCAUUCCAUUCGUGUGGGCUGUGAUACUGCCCGUGUGCCUAAACCGGAGCAGGUGGUUUUCUUAGCGGGCCACACCCCGAGCCUUUGACCUAACGGUCUAAUCCACAAGAUAGUGGAGCGCAACGUCAGGAGAUGCAAUCGUGGUAGCCAUUGACCAGAAACUGGUUCAUACGGCAUUUGUUCCUUCAGAAUUCUGGAGCCUAUGUGCACCAUUUGUUUGGAAUAAGGGUUUCCAAACAAUCCUAGGUGGACACCUGAUAUCCGUCAACCAGGUUAAGGCGCUGGACAUUCGCAUUUCGUCCUCUCAAUUUUGUAAACAACACCCCAACCGCGAGAAAGCAUUGGGUUGGACUUCCCUGACAGUGGCUGUAUACGCGUGGCCAUGUGAGAGCGAACUUCCCCUACCCCCUGUCGUACCAGGGUAUUUGGGGGCUUUAAAGUUCAAAAUAUCUGGGAAUGCAAACUGAAAAAAGUUCUCAAAAAUAUAUGUCUAAUUACCCUUGGUUUGCUUAGGGAUUGUUAUUUUUCAGAAUUCAUUAAAUGUACCAUUGAAUUUCUGUUAUUGCAUUUAAAAAUUUAUAUACUUAUGACAGUAUUUUCGUUCAUUUUUGGAAUGUUCUUCAAACCUACAGUCUGAUCUGGCUUUUUGUAGUCAUAACAUCUAUCUUUUUCAUACUAGAUUGAGUUUGCUGCUACCAAGAGCUGUCUUAGUUUAAGCUUUAAGCAUUCAGAUAGUAUUUGUCUGGCUGUAUAAAUUUGUAUGUAAAUAAUUCUCACCAAAUUGGACUUAGUGAAUUUGAAAUUUUUUAAUAGCAACCAAUGAAAGAUAUUAGCACUAAGUCCCUCUCCUUAUUUUCAUGUGCUGACUCAUCACCACGGUUUUAUUUCCCUAUGUUUUAAACAUUCUUAGAUAGUGUGUGUGAUUGUGGUUAAUCUGAUGAUAUACGGAAUCUGUACUUUAAUGGUACCCAUUAUCCAGCUGACCCCCCAGAUGGAUAGAUUAAGCUUAGCAACAACUGACCAUCACUUCAUUUGUCUCAUUCAGACAUGUUAAGGGACCACCAACACUUUUUAAGGCUAACUUUUACUUCUAUAACAGACUAAAAUUCUCUUAUUGAUAUUCUUCUAGUGUUGUCCCGAUCACUACAAAACUACUCAAGCUCUGUGAAUAGUUCAACCUUGUGACAAAACCACAAGUUGUGUAUCACGAUUUUCUAUCAUCCAUCAAACUAAAACAAGUAAAUAUUAGUAUUUCCUAAAAAUUUUCUUAAAAUGGGUUCGCUAAAAUGAAAAUGAGCCCCGGACAAGUGUUCGAGUCUUACGGUUAAUAGUAAUUUGUAUACACUGAAAAUAUAUGCCAUGUUUGCGAAUUUUGCAUGACAUCUCAUUUUUGUCUUUAAUAGGCUAAUCUCAUUCAACAGGACAAACUGGAACGAGAACGAGUCAAUUCCAAAAAUGCAGUUGAGGAGUAUGUUUAUGAAAUGCGGUCUAAACUUCAAGGACCAUUAAAUCCGUUCGCUUCACCUGCUGAGUCAGAAUCACUACUUCAGUUAUUAGAUAUGACAGAAGAGUGGUUGUAUGGUGACGGUGAGAGUUUAAAACGUCACGUUUAUGUAGAAAAGCUCGCCGAGUUAAGGAGCAAGGGAGAUCCAAUCGUCCAUCGAGCGAACGAACAUCUUAAUCGUCCUUUAGCCGUUGACAACUUCAAUCGAUCACUUGUGGUGAGUUAUCUCAUUAGCGUGUAUACGCUACACUGUAAUCCAUUCAUUAAACCUGCUGCGUCUAACAUUAUAUGAGUUUAAACUACAGGAUUAGCCAAAUCUAGUCAUCUCAAAAAUAAUGUUCUGAAUCCCAUUCUAUCUGGUUUAAAUGUCUCUCUGGUGCCUUCACCCUCAAUGCAGUCUAGUCCUUUGAUACCUGUAUAAAUCACUAACUAACAGUAUUUGUCACGUUUGCAUAAAAUUAUGUGAUGACUAAAAUCCCACCAAAUUUAGUGGCUAUGUAAAUUAGUAAUCAAGCACGCUUAUUAUUUCAAUCACCCAGGUUAGCUCAGAUUUAGAUGCAACCCAAUCCUGAAGCAAGAUUUUGCAUUUCGAGGGGGAGAAUCGCAUCCCGAACAUGCUUGCAUUGUUGCGUAGAGUGGUCAGAAGACUGCAUUUUGUCAGCGUCUUCACCAAAUAGAACUGUCAUCGGCAUAUUCUAGGUCAACAAGUGGAUCUCCCGGUAAAAGUUCAACUCCUGGAAAUUUAAAUGAGGAAAGUGUUAUCUCUGGAAGCACGUCAACGAAUAAGUUAAACAAGAAUUUAGAGUCGACAGCCUUGACAAACACCACUUUAUAUAAUCAAUCCUGAUGACAGUUCGCCAUAAGCUCUCACUCGGCCGGUUGUGUUUGAGUAGAACCUUUUUAGGGUUAUUGUACUUCUUUGGUACUCCUUUCAGAGACAAACGCUGUUUACGAUCAAGAGUCAAAUGCCGACAUAAGAUCGAGAAAUACUACGAUUGUGGGGCGUCUGAAUGUCUGUGUUCUAGAGCCUGACGUAGUGUGAAUAUCUGGUUUAUACAACCACGUGCAAGUCAGAAACCAGCCUGUUCACGAGCCUUAGUUAGGCGUCGAAGUAUUAUUGAGGCUACUAUUUUAGACACUAUAUUAGUCAGACUGAUUCCUGUGUGAUUGUCACAAGAGGACUUUUGUCCUUUCUUAUAGACUGACACAAUCAGUGAUUGAGACCAGCCAGAUGGGGUUACGUCCAGUUCCCAAAUUCUACCCUAGACCUCAGUUAAUCUCACUGCUAAUACUGAACCACCAUCCUUAAAACUCAGGAGUAAACCUGUCAGGGCUUGCUGCUCUCCCUCGCUUCAGAUUUCCUAUGGCUUUUUCAACUUCGUAAAGAGACGGAGGACCUACAUUAACUUGCCAUUCAGGUUGUGACUGGAGAUCGUGGUAAACCGAAGUGUGGCUGAAGGUCAGUUGAACUGAUCCCUAAAGUGUUCUGCCCAUCGAUCCAAUCUCCUGGAUUGAGGAUGUAUAAUGUGUCCAUCUUUUUCUGAGAGUGUUUCGCUAACAGUCGGUUUCCUUAACAUGUCUGAACAGCUGUCUGCUGUUACCUAUUGCCUCUGCCUUUUCCAUCUGUCUUGCUUUCGCUACCCACCACUGUUUACGAUCAUUGCGUAGGCUUCUUGUCAGCUUGCGCUUAAGCUGACUCCGCUCUUCAUUAUGUUCAGAGCCAGAUGGAAUGAGUUUUCGAGCAUCUAUCAGUGCGGUAGAUGCUGCUGAGAUCCAGUGUUUCUCUCUAACUUAGUGGUUUACCUUACUAGCAUAUAUCACUGCUGUUUUCACAGCUUUUCGGAUAUCAUUCUGUGCUGCCUCGGGGUGGGCAUCACUUACAUGGUUGCCUAGCUUUUUCUAUUUGUUCCUCAAAUAUAUUCUUAGCUUGGCUAUCAUUAAGUAGAGAAUCCUAAGAGGUUUUUCUGCAGCGUCUUUCCUACGUCCAGUAAGUCACAGACAUACGCGCUCUCACUAGAGCAUUAUUUGAAUCUAAGCAGUCUUCUAUCAAGCCCCUCCAUCGGUGACUGAUAGAGAUGUAGUCUAGUUGGGUCCAGCGUUGGGACGGAUUCUGGGGUCGUCAUGUCAAAAGAUGUUCUUUCUUAUGCUUAAAGUUAGCAUUUGCAAGAUAGAGGCGGUUAUCUGAGCAUAGCUGCAACAGACGGUCGCCAUUAUCUGUUCUUUGAGCCACGACGCCAUAAAAUCCACCCGGGUGUCUUUUCUCUCAGUUUACCUACUUGAGCAAUAAAGUCACCAGCCAUUAUUACUGCACCAGAGCGCCCAACCUUUUGGAGGUCAGAAAGCUUUCUGUGAAACACAUCUUUCAUCUCAUCUGAGUUGCCGUCAGUCGGAAAGUAGGCAGAGACGACAAGUGUCUCUAUCUUUCCGAGUCCUUACUGUUCCGUCUAGUCGGAGAGCGCGCAAGCGACUGUCUGCUGGGAUCUAGUCUAAGAGAGCUAGUUCUGCCCUUGGACACAAUACUACACCUACACCAGCUAGGCCACAGGAAGCAGCAUCAGGGCUUCCAGAUAUACGAAACGUUUAUCGAGAUGGUUCUUUAUUUUGAUACAGUGAGGUCAAACGAAUGACGCUACUCGAAUCCUGUAUGCGCGUUUCGGGGACGCAGCAUACAUCGAUGACCCGAGAUUCUAAAGUCCUAGCUAAGAAAACCUGUUGUUCUAUUUGGCAGUGUUCAGACGUUAAAAGCUCCUACAUGUAGUUUAGAGCGUGGUUUCAAGAGACCAGGAAUAACGUUCCGCGUACUCGAAUCGUUUGCUCUAGCGGUGCGUGUUAUGACCUUAGUGUCUGGCUUUUCUAUCACGCGAAUUAUCCACCAAUCAGAAUACGACUUAUGCAAAUUUUCACACUAUGCCAACCAACCGGUAUGAGCAGUCUAGCGUCCUUAUUGGUCCUAUGUCCUCCAAGCCCGUCCACUAGAGUCCAGAACACAACACCAGCUUCAGCAAUAUGAAUCGAAUCGUUUAUUUCAGACAUACUCGGUUUAUAUAUCAAUCAGACAGACCACAACGUACCAUAAAAUAGAAAAUAACGUGUGUACACAAUAAAGCCAAAAAGUGGCUGUGAAUGUGGGAGGCAGUAGUCAAUAAAAUGAACAUAGCUUAAGAACCGUAAAUAGUACAAUAAUAAAUUAUAGGUCAAAAUAAAGCUUAUAAUAAGGGGGAUAUAAAUAUACAUAAUGUAAUUAUUGAGUAGUUAUACAAUAAGAGUAUUUAUAGAAUACUAGUCCAUUAAUAGUCCUCAGAAGUUACCCGUAAUUUAAUCUUCACUUGGAUAUAACAGUGCGAGGUGAUAAAGGGACAUGAGAAGGGUUAGUCGUGGAGAUAAGAGAGUUAUUAGGAGGUGUAGGAAAGAUCUGAAUGUGACCAACUUGGUCUCGUGUGCUGUUACAGGUAUGAGGGCUGAUAUCACUUCCCGGCUACCCACACCGUGGAAGGGUAUUUUUUGAGGGGCCUGGAAAAAGUGAAUUAAUGUUGGUCUUAACGACCUGGGAGCGUGACCGCGGAGCCCAAGGGACAGUUGCUUGAGGCCGGCCGCUCGCGGCCUUUUUAUGGAAGGUUUCAAACGUGUUAUCUCCGUUCUUUAAAGGGCCUUAUCACCGGAGACGGAGAUCCGUGAGUUGGGAAAUUUUUAGGGUCGAACUUUUUAAACCCUACCCUUCCUUGUGAGAAGGCAGCAUCGCUGCAGAUGCUAGUUGUUCAAGGGAAACACCUUACUGCUGUCACACUUCUCUACAGUCAACAGUACGACUUCGCCCCCAGACCUUGAGUUGCUUCUUUUAGUCUUACCUUUCUCUAAUCGACAUACUUGGUAUGGUAGAACCUACAGGAACAUAUGUUCCAACCAAUGUAGCUCGGGUUGGUCAUCACAAUAGACAAGCCCGACCACCACGUAAUGUAGCAGCUACGGUCGAGUAUAUCCCAAGAUGGUUAAGGAUAAAUGCCAAAUUUAUCUUAUACGAGUCCGUAUUUUGGUAAAAGUAAACGACCAAGAUUAUCACUGCUGUUGGUAUUUUGUCGCUCAAUCUCUUUCUGGUGAUUUGAGUUUGCUUUCGUCACUUCCGCCAAAAUAGCGUGUGAAGUGCUUUUUCAUCUAUAUUCAAAGGAAUCGUUCAGCUAAAAAUCGUAACAAAUAUUAUUUGCUUUUUAACUAAUGACACAUGAUAUCAGUCAGCUUGAUUAUAAAGGAAGUAAGUUAAUAGAAGGUUGUUUACCGAAAACUAAUGUUCGGCUUGAUAAUCGCUGUAGAACUUUGUAUUGUCCAAACAGGUUCUCAAAAUCGUAUAUGACGAAAUAGAUUGUAACACAGCAACCUAAUUAAAACUCUAGAAUCCUAGGACUUUAUUUCAGCUUGUGAUAGCUGCAGGUGCUCAAGUCUAUAAAAUCACUUUUAUAAUGUAUUUUUAUUUAACUGUAUUAAAUCUAAAUUCUUUCAUGCAAAUGGUAUCAUUGGUUCUGUUAAUUCAAACAAGUGGCAUCAAAAAGAUUUUCGAAAUCUACUAAGGUAGACCAUGGUAACCAUAUUUCGCAGACUAAGCUAAACAUUAUGGCUAGCUCACUAACCUACAAAGUACUUGACGGUACAUUUUUUGUCGUGAUAAAAUCCAACGUCUUAAUGAAAAUCUUAUUCCACUCAGUAUUUAUUCAAAAUGUAAGAAAUAUAUUUAAUCUUAUAACGGUACAUAGUUAUGAAAAUCCUUCCUGGUCUUUACCAAAACCACACAUUGUUUAUCUGUUUCCAUCAUAGUCAACAUACUUAAGUGUUAGCAAAAGUAUGAUAUACUUGUAACUGUAUAGUAUUUGAAAUCUGUUCUUUUGGUUGUCUCAGUUGGAAAAUUUUCCUAUGUUUGACUUUGUUGUACAGCGUAUAAGGAAAGUGCUAGACAGUAUUGCAGCUGGAGAACCAACUUAUGACCACUUAACACAGGCGCAGGUUAAUCAGCUGGAAGAUAUGAUAGUACAGUAUGAGACCUGGUUGAACCAGCAAAUGAUGCAACAAAAUCCUAGACCACAAACUUCAGAUCCUGUAGUUAAAGUUACAGAUAUCGUAUCUCAACAGCAAGUAAGUAGUAUGCAAUUUCCUAAUUUUUCCAGGUUAUUUAUUUAUUUAGACACAAAUAUUGGUACAAGGAGACACCAAAUUAUAUAUAUAUAUACGCCACAGAAAUCAUUCGGUUUUUGUGAGGGUUGAAAUAUUCCAUGUCUCGAAUAAACAUGUUAAUAUUAUUGUAAGGAUUCGUUGCGGUAUCAUCUACUAGUUUUGAUUCUUUUUCAGAAUAGCGUUUCACUAUCAGUCUGUUGAAAUUCAUUAAGUCCGUAGUAGACAAAGAUCCCUGGAUGCAUGCAACGUCUAGGAUAAAAUUAUAAAUCAACAGGUUCUAGCAAACUAUUGUUUCGCGAAAUGGUUAAAUAUUUAUUAUAACGUAGUGAUCAAUUUUUAAUUAAUUCAAAUGUGUAUUCUUUCAAUACACCAAACUUUACAUUAUUAAGGCAAGGAAGAAAUCUAGCAACCUUUAAUACCAUUUAGGUUUCUUAAGGCCCACUGGAAUAGAACUCCAGAGUUUUCACUACUAGUUUAUGUUUUCCGAUUCAACACAUUUGAGUGUCGCAAUAUCCGGUAUAUGGUCUGAAGCGCGUCACCUCUGGCGUAGGCGAAAUAUCCGCUUGCUAACCAAAAGGCGAGCUGACGGUGCAAAAUUUCUCUCCGUCCUACUUUAUAUGUAUUUUGGGACCACCGAGUCAGCAAUGCCUGAUUACUGGAUAGAGAUGGCAAGUCGGUUGUCGAGGUAGUAAGUCUUUACCAGCUGAUUUAUUGGGACAUAUGUUACGUAUAUCCAACCAAUACCCACCCCGACGAGCGACGCCGUUUGGCAUAGGAGUAGGCUAGAAAAAAUCUAGGGUUGGCCAACCCAAAAUAUGACGUCAGUCCAUGGAAUCAUUGACAGUUAGACUAAGCCAUGUUAAUAGUUGUAAACUACUUCGUCGGGGUCCACGUGCUUAUCGUAACCAGCGAUUAGACUGAAUCACAUGAGUCGAAAUCGUUUACAAUGACGCAGGCACAUCCAUUCAUUGUUUCUUCCUAGACUCUAGGCUUCUGAUCUCCAUGAAAUUUAUCUCACUAAUUCAUAUUUUCGUGGAUCGUAUCUGUGAUACUUAAUCUUUUAUAUUACCACUAAUACUGUUACUAAAUCUACAACUCUUAGAUUUUUCAUAACAGUUUCAUUCCUCUCUGUGCUAAUCGGAUAUGGUAACUUGAACUGAUGUACAUACGUACUAGGUUCUACGUUGCGACUGACUUAUAUGAAGAAAGAUGAAGAUUCAGACAGAAAGGAGUUAUUAGCCUAGAGCAUGACACAAAUGUGCUUUGAAACAAGUCAUAUUGAAUUAACAUGACGAGAUAAAAAAUAACGAAAUAGAUCUUCAUAAUGUAAUAACAACGAUAAGAGAAAAGACUAAACCUUAUAAAUCUGGUUCGAAAUGAGUAGUUGAUAAACAAUAAAAAAUCAAAUGUUUCUGCAAGUUUAUGGGUAAUCCAUACUUCUAAUUUCUUUAUCCCGCUGAAGGAUACCUCUUUAAGGAACUGGUUUAGUGUUAACAUUUUUUCGACCUUGGAACAUGGAUUUUGCUUAGUUACUAAGUUCAGGUUUAUAUUCUUGAAUUUAUCCCAUUUUGUGCACCUAUCUGAUUAUUAAAACUAAAGUGAAUCGGAGGUUGGACAAGGUACUAAUGUUUUAACUGACACUAUCCUCCAAAAAUGCCCUAUUGUCCGUACAACCAAUAGCACUGUGGUAUAUGCUACUUAUGUCGUAUGUAGCACCAAUCGGAAGUGGAAGGCAUACGAGCAAAAGAUUAAGAAGAUUCAAUUGAAGAGGACAGAAAGUAACUUUAAUAACAACAGAAUUGGAAGAUUGGUUUUCAUAGUUUACAAAAGCAGGUAACAGCUACCUACGUCAUAUAACUCACGUAACGAGUUAGCCAUUGUUCAGAGUGUGUAACAUCGUAAUUAAAUUAUAGUUCUACUGUUAACAGAAUUACUUUUAAUAUUUUUACCAUUUAAACCCAGUUUUUCUCAUUUAUCUUUUAGGCCAUGGAAUCAGUGUGUCAUCCAAUUAUCAAUACUCCAAAGCCUCCAACGGCGUCUCACACAAAUAAUACUCCAGACCUUAACUCUCAAAAUUCUGGACAGUCCAACGAUGUGAAUAAUCCAAACACAAAUUCUAACCCCGGAACAAAUCAUUCCAAAAAGGGUGCUGAUGAUGAACAAAAUAUGGACUUAGAUUGAUGGGAGAUAUGACUUAUUUCUUUGAAAUCUUAUAAUGUUUCAUUCAGCAUUUUGUCCAAUUCUUCAUUGUUUGACUUUUGUUAUGACUUUCUAAGUGGGUUCUGUAUUAUAAAGCGUUACCGAGCGGCUUCUCACUCCUCAUCGGCAUGAAUGUGAAUGGUAGGACAAAAAGUCUAGAGAAUUUUCUAGACUUUCACUUUAAUGCAAUGCCCCGAAGAGUUUUUGAACGUUCCCCGCUUGAAGUCUCCUGAUGGUCUCAGUGUUCUCUUUUAGCCAGAGCACUUCAUUCGGGACAAUUGUCUAGAUGUAUCCCAUUUCCGCCCUCUGAUAUGUUGGAUAUAUACGUUUGGUCAAUACUGGUUUAUUCGUAAAGUAGUUCUGCCACUAACUUCCUCCUUUAUGUCAUUCGAGUACUUAGUUCGCUAUGUCGUAACGUUCUCUGGGUUAUAUGGCCGUUUACUACGAAUAUUCAAACUUAUUAGUGGGAAAUCAUAUUUGAAUUAAUCUCAGCAAUUUAAAUAAUCCGAACGUUUCGUCCAGCAAACCCUGAGGAAGUCUACUGGAUGAGUUCUUGGGGUUGUUUAAAUUUCAAUCGGUGAGAUUAUUUCAAAUAUAAUUUUUACAGGUAAUGUCUUCUCUACACUUGGCGCCCAAUUUUCACCGAAAUAUUCUUCCUAAUAUUAACGAAUACUCGUAUAGAAUGUUCAAACUGUCGAUGUUGAGUCCUCGGUCGACUAUCUGUAGGAGAAAUUCCGCUUUGGAUUUUACUAUGUUUUGUGAAAGUGAGACUGGGCGACGUCCAUUCGUCUUACGGGGCUUCUAAGUAUAUGUCCUGAAUACAACUAAUAUUAAGUAAACUGUCUUCAUUUGAUUGGAUGUAAAUUCAAUAAGUAGAGUUACGUCACUGCACUUAAGCGGCCCAUGGCGACUAAUGGCCAUUGAACGACUGGUAGUACGUUUACGUCAGUUUUUGACAAUAGAAACAUUUAAAAUCCAAUCUAGACCUAGACAUGAUGUCACAGUAGUGGAUUUAUCUUGUCAAUUAACAGGUGAAAGCCUCGGUCGUAACUUGAUCAGGUUGAGCAUGCAGCUUCUACUACUGUCAAGUCAUAUGUAUACGCAUAGUACGACGGGAACACCAACCUAGUGUAAUGGGAUAUCCUGAGUGAUAUAGUCUGUUUGGUUACAGCGACUGAAUUAGAUUCGACGUCAGCUACCAUGCCUUUAUUCAAACUAACCCUACUCUACGAACUCCCGGUUCUGUUCAUUUAGUCAGUUUGACCAUUUAAACUUUACUACCAAAUAAUGAACAUAGGCUCGGCAACAAUUUUUAAAAAAUCAAAUUUCCGUGUGUUGUAACGCUGGAUGGUCAUUCAUGUAUAAAGCUCGGUUACAUUUUGUUUUAGACUGAUCUUGUUCGGUUUUAAGUGCGUUGGGGCUGCAUCUCGCCCCAUUAGGUUAUAGUGUCUCCAAAUCAGCCGUAGGUCAUAUUGUAUCUUUAGUUUACUGGUCCAGUAUAUUCUAGAUUUGGAAGGCGAUCCAGGUAGUCGCUAAACACUUAGGAAUAAAGCAAGAAGAAAUAUCGCAGCAGAAUAACAUGGGUUCUCCAUCUACUUACAACCCGAAACCGAAGUAUCAUUCAGCUACAACGUAGGACCAGGCACAUAUAUACAUCGGUCCAAGUUGUCAUACCUCAUUAACACAACAAGAUGGACACUGGAUUCAUAAAAGUAGUUAGUUCAGAGGUGGUAAUAUAUAAAAGAAAGAUUGCAAUAAGGAUAUUUUACAGGAAGAAAGAUUUAGUACAUAGAAAGAAAAGUAUGAAGCGGUUUUGAUCUCUUAGUUUAGUAGAAGACAGAGUGCAAACACCGACUCCAUUUUCACUCAGUCUCCAACCAUUGGUUACGGUAGUCACGCGGACCCAAACUAAAUAGUCUGCAUCUACCAACAUGGCUCAGACUAGAAGUUAGUGACUUCAAGCACUGAUGCCACGUUUUGGUUUGGUCGCCGCUAACUUUCUCCCAACACCGGUUAGCAUUGCAUGUCGUGGUGAUCGGUGUUCAGGCAUACGUAACACGUGGCCCAACCAUCUCAGUCGAUGAAGAUUCGCAACCUCAUCAAUCAGUAAGACGAAAUAACUUUACAUACUUGACGUCAGAAACGUGAAAUGAACUGAGUUAAAGUGUGGAAAUAGAAUAAAGCAAAGAGACCAUAAUACAGAAGAGCUAAAAUUGUCCCGACGUCCACUUUUUUGUUGGUCAUUUGCUCGACAGUUCGGAUAAUGAAUUUAAAGUAUAUAAGCUUUGCCAAAGCUGUUGCAACAAAAUGAUUUAAGCCGAAUCCACAUGUCCAGAAGGGCAGUUAUAAAUCUUGUUUUAUCCUGGUGACCUAAUUUUUGUGAGAUUAUUACGCGAGGUUUUUUUUCCAUGAACUGUAAUCAAAACUAAUAUCUUCACACUUCUGAGCUUUACUCAACUAGUCUGUAUUGUGUAGUCUACCUUCUGUUUCGAGAAGAGAAAUAUUUUUGUUUUCUUACUCUCCUAGAAUAUUCAUAUGUUUAACCUUUCAAUGAGCAAAUAAUUUUAUUCUGUAUCAUGGUCUCUUUGUUUUAUUCCAUCUCCACACUUUAACUCAGUUCAUUCAAUACGUUCC